CCGUGAGCGUGUAUAGAAAAUAUAACGUCGACCAAACAUUUCCUUAAUUUUACUUACUUAAAAGUUUUAAAAUACUUUAAAUGCGUUGUUACUAGUAGGCCAUCGAUGUUCUGGCAUUUUUAGACAAAAAGAAUUGGACAAUUGGGCUUGGUUUGAUCACUACCGAUAAGAACUUUAGCUUGUGGUAGAGAACUGCAAACAGACCAGCUUCUGGUGACCGGAACUUAAUUGUGCCCAACAGUGACUGUAUUUCCGUAUAGUCAAAAUAUCAAGAUUAUUAUGGAGUGUGAGGAUGGACCUCUGUGUGUUUGUGUGGGUCGACCAGCUGCCACUGGUAAACGAAAGAAACCACCUGGCAGAAAAAGGAGAAGAAAAAAGGCAAGGGGCUCCAAUGCAUCAGACAAGAUGACAGAUAGUGAUGCACUGCUUUUAGAUAUAGAAACAGCUAGGAAGGAUUUAACUUUUUUGAACCAAUCAGAUCAAUCAAAGGAAACUGAUAAUGCUGUUGAAAUUGAAGGCAGAAGAAGAGAUAGGACUCGAUUCAAUGAUAGACUUAAAGGAUUAAAAUUAUCAGAAAUAUGUGCCAGUCCAGUUUAUAUUCCACAAAUUAGUAGACUUCUUGAGGAUUCCAUUGAGGCUGACCCAAAGCCAGUUGAUGACCUGCCUGUUGAGGAUCCUGAUCUUCCAGAUUCCUCUCCAAAAACAGAUAAUGUAUACGAAUUGGAGGAGGAGGAUGACAAUGAUGAAGAUCUCCCUGAUGUCCUUACCCCAGUUAAACCAGAUGUAUCCGCUCAAGAUUUCCAAGAAGGUCAUUUGGUGUGGGUGAAAAGAAGGCCAUGCAUGUUCUUACCUGCACUGGUGAUGCAAGUGAACAAGAUGGGCCUGAGAGUAGAACUUUUUAACGAGAAGCAGGAGAAGGUCUCCUUAUCCUACCGAAACAAGAAAAAUCUGCUGCCUUACCACCCAGCCAAAAGAGAAAUACUGAAGAGUAUUGAAAGCCUCCCCAAGGCAGACCAGGAGUAUUUUAAGACAUGUGUACAUCGCGUCAAUGACUUUCUAAUGCAGCGGGAGCGAGACAGAAUUCCUACUUCUCAUCAAUUGUCUUGUGACACUAGCACAACAGUAGAAUUAAAGCCAGAUGGCUGCCCACUUGACGACAGCCCCUAUCCAGAAGCAGAGUGUGAUGCCUCUGAGUCGGCAUCUGAGGGAGAUGGGCAGGAAGAGGCCCCGGGGAGGAAGGGCAAGACCCGUGAACCUAGGCCCAAGGACAUACUCUCUAAGAAGGGGGAGGAGAGGUUGCAGAAAAUAAAAGAGAAGAAUGAAAAUCUUUUGCAGUUCCUAUUGUCUGAAAAAAUGAAGGUACGUCUAAAAAUGAUCCUCAGAGGAAAACAGCCCAGUACACUACAUGAUAUCUACACCAGUGGUUCAAUGAAAGAGAGAAAAAAGAUAAUGUAUCGAGGUUUUGGGCCUAUCGAAAAUGAGGAUCAGAUUGACCAUCUUGUGAAUUGCUACCUUGACCUAAUCCGACAAAUGAAGCUGGACCCCCUAAAAUACAUAAACUAUGUCCUGGAUGUUUGGAUACCAGAGGCAGUGAUAUAUGGACUGACAAAAUUAAAGGGCUAUGGGAAGAAGAAAGCAGAAGAAAUGUUCAACAAAGGUGUGCGGCGAACAAAGGAGGAGAUACAAGUGAUGAGGUACUGCGAGGAGCGUCACCGUGAAAGAGCAAUUGACACAAUACCCAAUCUUGUUCUGCAGCCCACUGGGACAUAAAAGAAUUAUGUUUGUGGCUGGAGAUGUAGGGUGUAGUGAGGCAACAAACAACUGGAACAGUUCUGUUCAUCACAAGAGGAGCUAGCGUGUUUGCCAUGUCUUUAACUGAGGCCCAUUUGCUGUUGUUCAUAGAUAAUGCUUGCUUGUUUGACUUGUCUUCAAGCUAGGCCCAUUUGCCAAUGUUCAUGACUUAGGGAGCUAGCAUGUUUACCUUGCCCUAUGGCUUGGCACAUUAGCCAAUGAUUAUGGCGAAAGCUAGUUUGUUUACCUUGUCUUCCUGCUAGGCCUUUUUGCCAAUGUCCACGGGUAAAUGAGCUAGCUUGUUUACCUUUGCUUUCCUGCUAGGCCCAUUUGCCAAUGUUCAGGGGUAAAUGAGCUAGCUUGUUUACCUUGUCUUCCCACUAGGCCAUUUGCCAAUGUUCAGGGGUAAAUGAGCUAGCUUGUUUACCUUGUCUUCCAACUAGGCCAUUUGCCAAUGUUCAGGGGUAAAGGAGCUAAAUUGUUUACCUUGCCUUGCAGCUUCACCCAUUUGCCAAUGUCCAUGAGUAAAUGAGCUAGCUUCUUUACCUUGUCUUCUGACUAUGCCAUUUUCCAAUGUUCAUGGGUAAAAGAGCUAGUGUGUUUACCUUGCCUUCCAGCUAGGCCCAUUUGCCUGUGUUCAUUAGAAGAGAAGCUAACUAGUGUGCCUUGCCUUCCUGCUAGGCCCAUUUGCCAAUGUCAACGGGUAGAUGAGCUAGCUUGUUUACCUUGUCUUCCGACUAGGCCAUUUUCCAAUGUUCAUGGUUAAAGGAGCUAGCUUGUUUACCUUGUCUUCCGACUAGGCCAUUUUCCAAUGUUCAUGGGUAAAGGAGCUAGCUUGUUUACCUUGUCUUCCGACUAGGCCAUUUUCCAAUGUUCAUGGGUAAAAGAGCUGGCUUGUUUACCUUGCCUUCCAGCUAGGCCCAUUUGCCUAUGUUUAUUAGAAGAGAAGCUAACUAGUUUGCCUUGCCUUCUUGCUAGGCCCAUUUGCCAAUGUUCAGGGGUAAAGGAGCUAACUUGUUUACCUUGCCUUGCAGCUUCACCCAACUGCCAAUGUUGAUGGGUAAAAGAGCUAGCUUGUUUACCUUGCCUUCCAGCUAGGCCCAUUUGCCUAUGUUUAUUAGAAGAGAAGCUAACUUAUUUGCCUUGUCUUUCAGCUAGGCCCAUUUGCCUUAGUUAAUGUGUUGAAGAGCUAGCUGUUUACCUUGCCUUCAAGCGAGGCCCAUUUGCCUAAGUUCAUGGGUAAAGUAGCUGGUUUGUUUACCUUGCAUUCUGGCUAUGCCCAUUUGCCUUUGUUAAAGGGUUAAAGACCUAGCUUGUUUUUUUUUGUUGUCUUCCUGCUGGACCCAUUUGCCUUUGUUCAUGGGAAGAGGAGCUAAGUGAUCACCGUACCACUGUCAAACACUUUGGUGCAGUGUGACCUUGGGUUGGUGAUCACGGGUACCACUGUCAAACAGUUUGGUGCAGUGUGACCUGGGGUUGGUGAUCACGGGUACCACUGUCAAACAGUUUGGUGCAUUGUGACCUGGGGUUGGUGAUCACGGGUACCACUGUCAAACAGUUUGGUGCAGUGUGACCUGGGGUUGGUGAUCACAGGUACCACUGUCAAACAGUUUGGUGCAGUGUGACCUGGGGUUGGUGAUCACAGGUACCACUGUCAAACAUUUUUGUGCAGUGUGACCUGGGGUUGGUGAUCAAGGAAGCUAAAAAAGUGCAUUUUACUCAUACAACAGUCAGACUAAAAUCUGUCUAUAAUUAUUUAUGGUCAUUAUUGAUCUCUGUUAUUGUACAUAAGAUGCUUAAAGCAGCUUUCCGGUUCAAAUUGUAAUUAUAUCCAUGUCUUUCCUGUGUUGAUUAAUGUCACUCUUGCCUCAUACCAGUUGUUUGGUGUUGAUGGAUCAUGUCAUUGAUAUGAUAAUGUGUAUGUUAUGGAUAAACAUUCGCUACUAUACAUAUAUCACUGAUAAACAGACAUUACUACAUGUGUGUCACUAUUAACAUUCGUUACUAUAUGUUUGUCACUGUUAAAGGGGCUAUACUCCGUAUGAUGAAAUAGUGGAAAAAAAAAGAAAAUUGUCAAAUCUGACAUAAACUUGGUAUCGAUGUGUACAAUGCAUUGAAACUUACUAACUGAAAUACCACAUAGUUUACAAUUAAUUUAUUUUUUGCAAUGUUUUCGUAAUUUUGCAUUAAGAAAGAUUACUAGGUAUGUCUACCUAGUUGAAAUUAUUCCUUAUGCGUGAUUGGCUAGUCGAUGUUAUCACAUGAUAUGACCAAGUCAGGUAUAUAGCUUAAAUAUUCCAAGGGUUUAGGGUAAGCCUUCGUAGCACAGUGGAUACAACACUGGACUACAAUUUUGGUGACAUCGGUUCGAACCCAGUCUCCGACUCGAUAUUUUUAUACAUUUUGGUAUAUUUUUUUUUUACAAUUUUGAUAUCAAAGAGUAAAACAUUUUGUUAAAUAAUUGUCCUGAGAUUUGUUACAGAAAAAAACUUGUUUUGGUGUCAAUCUGGUGAAUAGUCCCUUUAAACAUUCAUAUUACCGUAGGAAUGUCACUGAUAAACAUUUGUUACUAUAUGUAUGUCAAAGAUAAACAUUCAUUACUAUACGUUUGUCACUGAUCAACAUUCAUUACUUUAUGUAUGUCACUGAUAAACAUUCAUUACUAUACGUAUGUCACUGAUAAACAUUUGUUACUAUAUUAUGUCACUGAUAAACAUUCGUUACUAUACAUAUGUCACUGAUAAACAUUCGUUACUACAUGAUGUCACUGACAAACAUUUUAUACUAAGCAUAUGUUAUUGAUAAACAUAAAUUUUGUUAGUAUGCGUAUGUCAUUGAAAAAUAUUUAUAUCACACUGUCUAACCAUAUACAAUUUACAGUUGCUUUUUUAAUUUUAUUUUUAAAUUUGAAAUCAAAGGCAGUAGACAAACAGGCUCAUAUAAUGACAAUGAAAAUUAAGUUUGAUAUUAUGUCCAUUAUGAUCUGCUGAUUUUAAACGAGAACACUUCAAAGGCAACGUUAUUUUUUCCACUAGGACAUGACUGGUGUUCCGCUUUUAGUUGACUUUAAACAGAUUUCGUCAUCAAAAAUCCAUCAUAAAUACAAUUGAUAUGUGUUUCAUUUAUGGGUUUUCUAAUUGCUAGUAAAAUAACUAUCAUGUGAUUAUGUUGCUUUCAAGAAAAGUAAAAAAUGAUCAUAUAUAAUAUAUAUACUAUAGUCUGUGGAAUAUAUAUAAGAUACAUGUACCUGUUAAAGCUUUGGAACUUUAUCAUUAUUAAGGAGUACGGUACUUUGAAUAUGACAUUUUCAACAGGCUGAACUACUUGAAUCAAUGCAGAUAUAAUUUUAUGAAACUUUUAUGUACAUAUCAAUUCAGAGGUUUAACUUUGUAAGUAGUAUUAAUAUAAGUAUGUUAGAAAGUUUUAUUUAUUGUCAUUGUUUUGAAGUGUGAUUUAGAAUCAAUGUUUGGCAGCAUACUUUUGUAUAAUAUAUGACAAUUAUUUUCUAAUUUUGUACUUUUGGUUAACCAUAUACUUAUGGGUGCAUAACUUCAAAGUAAACCAAAGAAACUAGCCCCUUUGGGUAAACUGUUUCAUCUGAGAAACAUGAAUCAUUAUGCAGAUGCAUUAGGUGAAAAGUGAAUAAAUAAAUCAGAUAAUAUGCAUAUAUAUGCAAUCAUGUUUUCCAUUUUAUAUUUUCAGUAUUAUUCAAUUCACAUUCAGAUUACAAUACUGGAUAUUUUGGUUAACUUGAGUCUUUAAGCGACCCCAUUAACAUUUCUGACAUCAAAUGCUUGUUUCAAAAUUUAAUGUAGAGCUCAAAUGUUAAUACUCUGGAGAAAAAAAAUGUGUCAGAAACUGCUCUAUUUUGCCAAAAGUGUUGGACAUGCUUUUGAAAAUUGAACUACUAUAGGCUUGGAUUUACACAAAUCUCCCAUAUAAGUAGUGUAUUCAUUGUUUGAAAGACCUUUCUAUCUUAUAGAGGCUGAAAACUGAGAGUACAGUAACUUCUGAAAACUACCUGUAUUCAUUUUAAAAUACUUCAUGAAGGCUAGCUCUUUUACCCAUGAAUAUUGUCAACUGUGCAUGUAAUAUUAUAUGUAAAAAAUUGUUUCUUGCAUUAUUUGACAGCCUAUAUGCCAUGCUUAAGUUACUAAGAUUAUCAAAACAUAUUCUAAUAUCUGCAAUAAAUCAAAAGCAAAACAA